AUGGCCCCUGACAAAGCUCCUGGACCAGAUGGUAUGAACCCAGGAUUUUAUCAACAAUUCUGGGAUAUAGUUGGUAGCGAUGUUUCGGCAUUUAUAGUGAAUUGCCUAAACAACCGAGUUUUGCCCUCCAAUUUGAAUGAUACAGAUGUGGUACUCAUCCCCAAGAAGAAAACCCCUGAAGUGGUAGCAGAUUUUCGCCCGAUAGCAUUAAGCAAUGUGAUAUACAAGAUAAUGGCUAAGAUGGUUACGCAGAGAAUGAAGCCGUUAAUGGAAAAUUUAAUAUCUGCAUCCCAGAGUGCUUUUAUACCAGACAGGCUGAUUACUGAUAAUAUUCUUGUAGCUGCGGAAGUAGGGCACUACCUGAAUAGAAAACAAUGCGGGGCAGUAGGGUGGAGUGCACUCAAACUGGAUAUGGCCAAAGCUUAUGACCGCAUGGAAUGGCCCUUCCUCCGUGGGAUGUUGUUAGCUCUGGGCUUUGAUGAUAGAUGGGUUGAGUUACUUAUGAUGUGUGUGACCACUGUGUCGUAUAGCUUUAUGAUAAAUGGCGCUCGCAGUACCUCCAUUACACCCACGCGUGGCCUCCGCCAGGGAGACCCAUUAUCUCCGUAUUUGUUUAUCAUAUGUGCAGAGGGGCUCUCACUAUUAUUGCAACAGGCUCAGAAUAGAGGUUUAAUACAUGGUUGCAGGGUUGCUAGAGGUGCACCACCGAUCUCUCACUUAUUUUUUGCAGAUGAUAGCCUACUGUUUUUUAGAGCAAAUAGACACGAAGCAUCUGAAAUAAAGAAUUGUUUACAGUUAUAUGAGAGUUUAUCUGGCCAGAAAGUAAACUAUCACAAAUCCAGCAUAUGCUACAGCAGGAAUACAGGGCAGAAUGAUAAAGAUAUGGUGGCACAAAUACUGGGUGUUACACAAGCCCCCAACUUUGGGAAAUAUCUGGGGCUGCCUUCUUUUGUGGGACGGAACAAAAAGGCGGCAUUCGCAUACAUUGAGGAUAAAAUCAAGCAAAGGAUUGGAUCUUGGAAUAAGAGGUUGCUAAAGCAGGCCGGGAAGGAAAUAUUGUUGAAAAGUGUGGCCCAGGCAAUGCCAACUUUUUCAAUGAGUGUUUUUCUUCUACCAAUAUCUGUUUGUACGGCUAUUGAGCGUACUAUGAAUCGGUACUGGUGGGGGUCGGGUACGGAUACUGGCAUACAUUGGAAAGCCUGGGAUAAAUUGUGUAUCCCAAAGAAAUAUGGUGGACUGGGAUUUAAAGAUUUAAGGGCAUUUAAUUUGGCAAUAUUAGGAAAGCAGGCAUGGAGGCUGCUCACUAACACAGACUCAUUGGUAGCCAAAGUUUAUAAAGCAAGAUAUUAUCCAAAGGAUACUUUCCUAGAGGCAACUAUAGGAAAUAAUCCAAGUUUUUGUUGGCGCAGUAUCAUGGCAGCAAAGGAGCUAGUAUGUGGUGGCGUAAGAAGAAGAAUUGGGAAUGGAAGUUCUACCUUGAUAUGGGAGCAUCCCUGGCUAAAUGAUGAACUGGACCCUAUGAUUCACACGGAAAUGCCGCAAUAUCUGUCUGGGGCCAAAGUAAUAGGGCUAAUUGAUCAUGAUACAGGCACCUGGGAUCCGCAUAUAUUGGCAGAUAUUUUCCAACCGAGUGAUAUACCCAGAAUUCAGAGUAUACCAAUUGCCCCUGAGUAUGAUGAUAUAUGGUAUUGGUAUGGUGACCCUAAUGGAUGUUAUUCAGUCAAGAGUGGCUACAGGCAUAUAGUGGGGAGUUAUGAGCAUAAUUCUAAUGCUGCAAUUUUAUACCAUCUUUGGAGGGCCAGAAACGGAGCGGUUUGGGAUGCCUGUCUACCAACACCAACGAAAUUAUUGUCAGUGGCGGCAGCCACAAUGAAAGCUUGGAAAGAUAUUCACCAUCGCCACUCGCCGUCACAGCCACGAACGGCCAGCCACCACCUUACUGCCGAACAGCAGCCACUGCCGCCGUUGGGACCGAACGCCGAGCCUGCCGGGAAUGGACUGCCACCGCCGCAUGCUGCCACUUCGGAAUCCGUGAUUGGCGAGAUGAUGACAUCCGUCAAAUGUUAUAUGGACGCGAGUUAUCAUCGAGGAACCAAUGUUGCAGCUGUUGGUGCGGUACUCCUCGAUGCCAAUGGCCACUACAUAUCUGCCUUCAGCGCCCCGUUAGCAGGUUGCCACUCACCGCUCAUGGCCGAGACUUUGGCAUGCAAAGAGGUUUUAUCAUGGCUUAAAAGGAGGAAUGAACUAUCUAUACGGAUUCAUACGGAUUGUCAACAGCUACAGUGUUACUUAUCUGGGCCACCAGCCACGUUACGCUCGCAUUUAGGUUAUGCUAUCGAUAGUUGCAGAACCUAUAUGUCUACCUUUAAUUAUUGUUCAGUGCUUUAUAUUCCUAGAUUACAGAAUUUAUUAGCUCAUACAUUAGCUACUUCAGCACUUAGUUUCAAUACUGCUAUGUACUGGGACAAUGUUCCACCAGACUCUAUUUUAACUCUUCUAUAA